AGAGCUGAGUGCCCCGCGCGGGGCGUCGGAAUGGACGAGACCCCCCCUGUAAGUUGGAACGACUAGCUUCACACCUCUAGCCACAGCAACAAUGGACGGCCUCGACGAAUUCGAAAAGGCUCUCGCAGCAGAGAAGGGCGAGAAGGACCGUAUUGAGCGCGAAAAAGAAGAACGUCGACAGAGGAAGAAGCAGCGCAGUCACCAUCACCAUCAUCGCGAUCGAUCUUCUGACAGACAUCAAGAACGCGAUCGCGAAUCACACCGCAGUCGAGAUGGCGACCGCAACCGCGACCGAGACCAUGAUAGCCGCCGACAUCACAAAUCUCGCCGCCAUGACGAAGACGGCGAGGAUGGUCACAGACAAAAACGCUCUCGCCAUGAAAAGGACGAUGAGGAGCGGCGACCGAGGCACAGGAACAGAGAAAGAGACGACGAACGGCGGACGGACACACACGAGAAAAUAUCAGAUCCAAAAGAGGACUUGCCGAUUGCGGACGAAGAAACAACACAGAACGCCAAGGAUGCGGAGGCACCGCUGAUGCGUGAUUCUUGGAUGACUGCGCCGUCGGCCCUCGACAUUGACUACGUUCAGCGGAAACAGAAGGAGGUUGAGCCACCACCAAAGGAAGAGCCGCCGAGAGUUAUUCACGAUAGGGAGAUCAACAGAGACUUUGCCGAAGUAGACAAUGUUCCGACCUCGGAUGAGCAGCUUGCGACAAAAGAGCGGACAGUUAACUACACAUUUGGUGACAACGGCUCUCAGUGGCGCCUGACGAAACUCAAGGGUGUCUAUUCUAUGGCUGAAGAAUCAGGCCGCUCGGUUGAAGAUGUUGCACUUGAGAGGUUUGGCGAUUUGCAAGAAUUCGACGACGUGAGAGAAGAAAAGAUCGAAAUAGACCGGCGCAAGGUGUAUGGAAGUGGUUACGUAGGCAAGGAGAAGCCUACGGGAGACCUAUAUCGAGAGCGUAUGGAGAAACACCAACAAGAGGAGACAACAGCCGCACGAGACGACACCUGCGAUGUGGAACAGGGCGUUAUCAUUCCCCACAAUGCCAUGCAGCAUACGCCCAUGGACCAGACUGCCUUGAACCGACUGCGAGCUCAGAUGAUGAAGGCGAAGCUCCGCAGAGCACCGGACGCUGCCAAGUUGGAAGCCGAGUACAACCAGGCCGCAGCGAACUUUGCCACGAACGGACCGCAGUCUGUUGUUCUUGGUGUCAUGGAUAACCGAAUGCUAGCAGGGACUCGUGCAGAAGUUAAGGCCAUCGACAACAAACGUGGGCGGGAGCGCGGAAACGUGGAGGCCAACGACGAAAUGUCCAUCGAAGACAUGGUUCGCGAGGAGCGCAGGACGCGCGGUCAAGCUGGCGGCGAAGGCAUGCGGCUCGCCGAGCGCAUUGCCAAGGAUGGCAAGUUCGAUGACAACCUUGAUUACAUGGACGAGAAUGCGGACAAGCUUGCCAAGCGAGUUCACAAGUCCGAGGUCAACCUCAAGAACGUGGCUGUCAACGAGUAUCAGAAGGUGUCGCGGAUAUUGGACAAUUGCCCUUUAUGCCACCACGAGGACAAGGGACAGCCUCCCCUGGCACCGGUCAUCUCUCUUGCCACGCGCGUCUUCCUGACGCUGCCUACGGAACCUGAGGUCAGCGAAGGCGGCGCUGUCAUAACACCCAUGGCGCACCGCAAGAACCUAUUGGAAUGUGACGACGACGAAUGGGAAGAGAUUCGAAACUUUAUGAAGUCUCUGACGAGAAUGUACCAUGAAAAGGGCCAGGAAGUCAUUUUCUACGAGAAUGCGGCCACGCCGCAGAGGCAUCUUCACGCGGCUAUGAUGGCCAUACCGAUCCCGUAUGAAGAGGGCGCCACAGCUCCGGCCUACUUUAAAGAGGCCUUCCUCACCACCGAAGACGAGUGGUCGCAGCACCGGAAAAUCAUUGACACGGCCGCCAAGGCGAGAGAUGGCAUGGGCAGGAUGGCGUUCCGGAGGAGCAUCGCAAAGGAGAUGCCUUAUUUUCACGCCUGGUUCACGCUCGACGGCGGCCUCGGGCACAUUGUCGAGAACUCUGACCGCUGGCCGAGGGGAGACCUGUUUGCAAGGGAGAUAAUCGGGGGCAUCCUAGACGUCGGGCCGGACGUGAUCAAGAAACAGGGACGGUGGAACAAGGGCGACCGGAGAGUCGAGGGUUUCAAAAAGAAAUGGAGGAAGUUCGACUGGACCCGCGUCCUAGCCGAUAGUUAAGCUUAACCACAAAUGGAACGUAAUAAUCAUGGCUAUACGAAUAUCCGGAGAUCGAAACGAUAAACCUCGGUUGAGAGUUCCGAGAGGGCCGUGAAAGAAUGAAAGGAUUGGUUCGAGACUUGGGGUCUAGGGGAGGAGGCUGGCACGUUGGCUGGGUCUCCAAAUUCCAAUAUGUUUUUUCUCGAAGCUUCAUCCCCGCCCCCGUCACCUGAUGACACCCACGUCGAGGCCCAGACUGCUGGAACUUGGCACCCCCAGCCAUACCAACGCAGACCAACGAAGCUAUUGUUGGUAUUGUAACUUGUUGGAGGCGCAAUAUCCGAAAAUUGCGGGCGAGCAGGGGCCCACCACCUCCAGGUCGCGCAGGCGCACCAAUCGUCAGCGUGCCGAGUCUGGGGUCUCCCCCGGUAACCCCGCGAUGAGUCCCCGCAGUUCGGGCCGUCUCCAUUCUGUCAGCUGCUGCUUUGCUUGCCGUCUU